AUGAAACAGCUGAGAUACCUUAACAUCUCCAAUUCUCGAUUCAAUGAUCAAGGACCACCAUGGGCCUUGACGGUCCACGAUGUGCAAUGGAUUUCUAACCUUUCGUCUUUGCAGCACCUUGGCAUGGCAGGAAUAUGCCUCGGUGAGACACCAAGCUUGUUUCAGGUACUCAACAGGUUUCCUUCCUUCUUGUCCUUGCAUUUGUCACAAUGUGGGCUAAAUAAUUCUCAUUUGUCUUGGCAUCCCAUAAAUUCUUCAUUUCAUGGCGUUCGGCAUCUAGAUCUUGGACAAAACGAUUUUCCAGGCACAGUUCCUAGUAUGAUUCAAAACAUGACAUCUCUAAGAUUCCUUGAUCUUAGUUUCAACCUUUUUAUUACAUCUUCAAUCCACAACAGCUUUGGCAAUUUUAAGAACCUUUUGCAUCUCAAUAUUGUAGCUAAUGCAUUCAGUGGCAUUGAGAAAGGGUUGUUAUUGAUGUUCGGAAAUAUAUGUUACUUGAGAUCAUUAGAUAUAUCAUACAACCAAUUACCAGGCGAGCAAAUUGGAAAGUACCGAAAUUUAUCUGGAUGUUUUGGGCAUGAUUUAGAGGCUUUAAAUUUAGACUAUGCUCGGAUUAGUGGUUAUGUACCUAAUUGGCUGGGGAUACUUGGAAACCUCAAACACGUUCAUCUUUCUCACAAUCAGUUGAAUGGAACCGUUCCGGAAAGUCUCGGGCAACUUUCGAACCUUGAGACUUUAGAUCUUUCAUACGAUUCAUUGGAAGCUGCCAUUUGCGAAGUCCACUUCGCUUCACAAUCGAAGUUGAAAACGUUGUCUAUUGGCUCCACUGGUUUAACUAUCAAGAUUAAAUCCGACUGGAUACCUCCUUUUCAAUUGGAAUACAUUGAAAUGGAGUCUUGCAAAUUUGGAACACAAAUUCCUCAAUGGCUUCAAACGCAAUCGAAAGCAACUACACUGCUUCUUUCGAAUGCUAGUAUCUGGGGUACCUUGCCGAAAUGGAUGAAGGACAUGAACCUCAAUGAACUGGACCUCUCCCACAACCAGAUCAAGGGGACCCUUCCAAGAUUUCCAUCCAACUUGAAGUUGAUAGAUCUCUCCGGUAACUCGAUCUCCGGUGUCCUUCCGGAAAGGAUGGGUGAUAUGCUGCCUCAUUUGAGCUCUCUGAUUCUUUUAAACAAUCUUAUCAAGGGUUCAAUUCCAAACUCGUUGUGCCAUAUUAAAACUAUGGUAGUUGUUGAACUCUCGAAUAAUAACUUGGCUGGGAAUAUUCCUGAUUGUUGGAGACACCAUCAAGAUAUAGAAGUUGUAGACCAAUCAUCUAACAAUCUCUCAGGUGUUGCUCCCACGCCAUGGGGCAUCUCUGUUGGCUAA